AUGAAGGUUUAUUUGAAGUUAAUAAUAGGGUCUAUUUUGAUAAGCCAAACGCAAGCGAUUUGGCCAUUUGAUUCGUCCGGGUCCUCAACUUCUCUGGACUCAUCUCCAUCUGAAACUAGCUCGUCUGGUGGAUUAUUACCUUUUGAUUUGUUUGGUUCAGGUUCCUCUCUGAGUCAGUCGUCAUCUCCCCAGACAUCAUCAACCAAAAGCUCCUCUGACUCAGCAAGUUCUACAGACUCCUCAUUGCUCACUGGCAACACUUCAGGCAGUUCAUGGUACCAAAGUUUUUUAGACGGGGAUUCAGGAGAUCAAAAGACAGACUAUGCUCCUUAUAAUUUGACAUGCCCUUCGAAAAAAUCAUUUAUACGAACAGCUUCAGAACUAUCUCAGCAAGAAAAGGACUAUAUCCACAAACGUCAGGAAACAACAAAUAAAAACUUGAUAGAUUUUUUGAGCACACGUGCUAAUCUUUCUGAUUUUGAUGCUAAAUCAUUUGUUAAUGAUAAUGCCGCAAACCAUAAUAUCACCAUUGGGUUGUCAUUCAGUGGUGGCGGGUACCGAGCCAUGCUAGCUGGUGCUGGACAAAUGUUAGGUUUAGAUGGACGAUAUGAAGAUGCCAAUAAGCACGGAUUAGGUGGGUUAUUGGAUAGCUCAACGUAUGUAGUUGGGUUGUCAGGUGGUAAUUGGUUAGUUGGACUGUUGGCUUUGAAUGAUUGGCUUUCAGUUGGGGAUAUAGUCAAUGGAAAAUCAACCAUUUGGCAGUUACAAGAUUCAAUACUUAAUCCGAGUGGCAUGAGAAUUGAUAAAACCAUUGCUUACUACUACGGAUUAGCCCAAGCAAUUCAGGCUAAAGAAGAUGCUGGGUUUCAAACCUCAGUCACAGAUACUUGGGGUAGAGCCUUAUCUUAUCAGUUCUUUGAAGAGGACGACAGUGGAACAGGUGGUGCUAACAUUACCUGGUCAAGCAUUCGUAAUCUUUCCAGCUUUCAGGAUCAUCUGAUGCCCUAUCCGAUUGUGGUUGCCAAUGGGAGAACUCCUGGAACAUACAUUAUUAAUGAAAAUUCCACAAUAUUCGAGAUUAGUCCUUAUGAAUUGGGGUCUUGGGAUCCUUCAUUGAAAUCCUUUACUGAUAUCCAAUAUCUUGGAUCUUCAGUAAACAAUGGUGAUCCAAACAACACAGAUAUUUGUGUAAAUAAUUUUGAUAACGCUGGGUUUAUAAUGGGUACAUCCUCAUCUUUAUUCAAUCAGAUUUUGCUUCAACUCGAUAAUUAUUCAAUUAACUCAGUGAUUAAAAUGAUUUUGGAGAAAGUAUUAACAGAUGUAAGUGAUGAAGAAUAUGAUAUUGCUGUGUAUGAGCCAAACCCAUUUUUUGGUGCAGAUUCUGCCGGAAUCAAAUCCAUAACCACUAAUGAUACUCUCUAUUUGUGUGAUGGGGGAGAAGAUUUACAAAACGUUCCAUUUUAUCCAUUGAUCCAAAAUGAGCGUAGUGUUGAUGUGAUUUUUGCAUUUGAUAAUUCUGCUGAUACUAAUUCUAGCUGGCCCAACGGUACUUCGAUUCAAGAAACUUACAAACGACAAUUUUCGAAACAGGGGAAAGGAACUCCAUUCCCAUUUGCACCGGACCAUAAAACAUUUUUAGAUAAGAAUAUGGGAGAUAAACCUGUAUUUUUUGGAUGCAAUUCUUCAGACUUGGAAGAUUUGGUAGCUUGGCAUGAGAACGAUAAAAUAAAUGCCACUGAUGUUCCAUUAAUCGUAUACACAUCGAACACUCGGAUGAGUUACAAUUCCAACUUUUCCACUUUCAAGUUAUCCUAUUCUGAUCAAGAGAAAUUUGGUGCUAUUAGAAAUGGGUUUGAGACUGUGACAAGAAACAAUUUGACGGAUGACCAAAAUUGGUCAACCUGUGUUGGCUGUGCAAUAAUUAGAAGACAACAAGAACGGUUAGGUGAGGAACAAUCAGAUGAAUGUAAAAAAUGUUUUCAAGAGUAUUGUUGGACUGGUGGAUUUAAAGAUGCUGCAUCUGUUUCUAGUGUUAGUGGGAUUUCUGGACUUGCGACUAAAACUCACACAAGCGGCAGCGCAUCUUCUACAACCCAACAUACAAGCACGACUACCGGAUAUUCCUCAAAUGGCGAGUCUUCUUCUUCUUCUUCUACUUCUACUUCCUCGAAGAAGAAAAAUGGAGGCGACCUGGUCAAUGGUGGCGUACCUUCUUCAAUUUUCCUUAUUUUUAAUAGUUUGUUAGGAUUAGUCAUAGCAUAUUUAUAG